UUUUUUUUUAUUAAACAAUCAUCAAUGAGAAAUCUUAAUUCAUUAUUUCCUAAUACUGGAUUAGUUGAAUCGCUCCAACAACAAGGUGCUACUAAUUGGUCAAAAUCAACUAAACCAGCAGAUGCUUUUAGAGAUUAUUCUAAAGCAGAUACAACACAACCAAGUAUUGCUGAAUUUUAUCGAUUAAAUCAUAUUCAUCAAACAUUAGAUCAUGUAUUGGCUCAAAAGAAAAAAUAUUGUGAUGAUGAAGCUAGAAAGACAUCUAUGGGUAUUUGGCAAGUGAUGGAAAUCUUGGAUAAAUUUGUAGAUGAAUCGGAUCCUGAUACUGAAUUGUCUCAAAUUAUGCAUUCAUUACAAUCAGCCGAAGCAGCAAGACGUGAUAAUCAACCUAGAUGGAUGAUUCUUACAUCGCUUAUUCAUGAUCUUGGAAAAUGGUUAGCUGUUUGUGGUGAACCUCAAUGGACGGUUGUUGGUGAUACAUUUCCAGUUGGUUGUCAAUUUUCAUCUAAAAUCGUUUAUCCUCAUUAUUUUAAAGAAAAUCCUGAUUCUCAAAAGUAUACGAGUAAAUAUGGUAUUUAUUCACCUCAUUGUGGAUUAAAUAAUGUUCAUAUGUCAUUUGGUCAUGAUGAAUAUUUAUAUCAUGUUUGUAAAGAUUAUUUACCCAAGGAAGCUCUUUAUAUCAUUCGAUUUCAUUCAUUUUAUUCUUGUCAUACUGAAAAUGAAUAUGCUUGGUUAAUGAAUGAAGAAGAUCAUCAAAUGAUGAAAUGGGUAAAACAAUUUAAUCAAUAUGAUCUUUAUUCUAAAGCUGAAGAAACACCUGAUAUCAAUCAAUUGAAAUCUUACUAUUUAAAUCUUAUUGAUGAAUUCUUCCCCGAAACUAUCAAAUGGUAAAAAUAAAGUUAUACGGGGAAUUCAAAUUCCCUGAUUUUUUUUUCUAUUU